AUGUUCAUAUCUAUCUAUCGAUCGAAAAAUAUUCAUAUCUAUCUAGCAAUCUCAAUAUAUUCAUAUCUAUCUAUCUAUCUAUCUAUCUAUCUACCUAUGUUCAUGUCUUUCUCAAUAUGUUCAUAUCUAUCUAUCGACCUAAAAUAUUCAUAUCUAUCUCAAUAUAUUCAUAUCUAUCUAUCUAUCGAUCCUAAAAUAUUAUGUUCAUAUCUAUCUCAAUAUCAAUCUCAAUAUAUUCAUAUCUAUCUAUCUAUCUAUCUAUCUAUCUAUCUAUCUAUCUAUCUCAAUAUGUUCAUAUCUAUCUAUCGAUCUAAAAAUAUUCAUAUCUCUCUAGCAAUCUCAAUAUAUUCAUAUCUAUCUAUCUAUCUAUCUAUCUAUCUAUCUAUCUAUCUAUGUGAAUAUCUAUGUAUGUAUGUAUGUAUGUAUGUAUCUAUCUAUCUAAAUAUGUUCAUAUCUAUAUAUCGAUCUAAAAUAUUCAUAUCUAUCUAUCAAUCUCAAUAUAUUCAUAUCUAUCUAUCUAUCUAUCUAUCUAUCUAUCUAUCUAUCUAUCUAUCAAGCUCUCCUCAUCUAUCUAUCUUCAACAGGGGAAGUUGA